AUGCCCGCGUCCAUCUUCGGCGCUCCCUACCAACCACACCUGAACGACAACGACGAUGUCGUAUCUCCCGGCUUCGUGAGCCCAAAUCCAAACUCGUACUUUGGCGCGGCAGAUGUGCGAAGACCUUCGGCCGCGAGUGCCGCAACGGCUUCUUCAUCCGGCUCAAAGUCAUCGGGUGCUGUAGGGAAGAUUCACAAGAAGCUGCAAGGCUUCUUCGGUGAUGAUCCCAACAACGCGCAAGAGGAUGGUGUGCAACACUCCGAAACGAGCUCGCUACAAAGUGGCACGCCUGCUCUUACCCCCGGUGGCACUACAACAAGCGCCAGGAACAAUAACUCGGUCGCCGGCACUGGGGCGCCAUCGCCCUCAGAAUCCCGGCCGCGGACUCCCCCGGCAGGACCGAGCCAUGAGGUCACGCCGUGGGAUUUUCAAGACUCGCAGAAGGCGUCCAACUCCACACCGUACCUUCCCGAUCAGACCAACGGCCGAUCGACCAAACCUUCGGUCACGCAGCGUCUGCCUCUGCUGGGACAUCGACACCACCGCAGUUAUGAUGAUCAGAAAGGCAGUACUCCUGGACGUCCAUCGCGCCCUGCCACGAGCCGGGAAGCGUCGUACAACAUGCAGGGGCAGCAACAGCCGUCGGCGUUAAGCGGGGCGUUUGGCAGCAAGAGUCGCGAUCGCAGUCCCGCUCCUAGCAUGCAGAGUACGCGGAGCCAGCAGAGUCCUGCCGAUCAUAAGACCGAGAAACACCAUAAGCGCUCGCUGCUCGACAAGAUCAAGGGAAAGCACAAGGGCGACGAUAAGAAGGACGGCGGGCUACACAGUUCGCCUUCGGCCACCUCUCUCCAGAGCUCAAAAACCCGCAACGACACCAAAUCGGUUGCGAAACCGUCAAAGAGCAGGCCGGAGGACAAUAAUGCCAUUGCCCCGCUGAGGGAAAGGCAACACACACUGCUCCCCUUCAAGACGCGGAAAGACACUGUGGCAGACACUGCCAGGAAAGACCCAAACAAAGAGGUUCCUGGAGGGCGCCCGGGCCUGUUCCACCUGGACACCGACAUGGGAGACAUGGAGGGCAUUGUUGAUGCCAAGACCGGCCCGCUGUCACCGCCCACCGCUGGCGAGUUGGCCAACGACUGGACACCCGAAGCUGUGAAGGAAGUGGCGAAUGAGGAGAAGGGAGCAUGGGAUGCACCAGACAGCUGGGCUGUGAAAAGGAUUGCUCACGAAAACGCCGACCGCUUACGAGAGGUCGAUGACGACGGCAACGUUGCCAGAGACGAAGAUCCAGGACUGCUGUAUUUCAUGCGCAUCUUCCGAGCCGACAGCACUUUUGCGGUGAUUUCCGCAAGUCUCAACACCACGGCCGGAGAGCUUAUCGGCAUGAUGGCGAAGAAGACGUUUCUGCAGGACGAGUUGGACAACUACCAGGUCGUCAUGCGCAAGCAGACCACCAGUCGACAGCUUGCGCCUGGAGAGCGGCCACUUGCGAUCCAGAAGCGACUUUUGGAGAUGGCGGGCUACAAGGAGAAUGACCACCUCGAAGAUCUUGGCCGAGAGGAUCACACAUACCUAUGUCGAUUUACCUUUCUGCCCGCCAAAAUGAGCGGCUACUCCAGCCUGGAGCGCGACCCUGGAUUCAACAAGAUGCACCGCUUCAAUCACAUCGAUUUGGCUGGACGGAAUCUCGUUACGAUUCCCAUUACGCUAUAUCAGAAAGCCACCGAGAUCAUCACAUUGAACUUGUCGAAGAACCUAAAGCUCGACAUCCCAAAGGACUUCGUCCAGAGCUGUACGCAGCUGCGAGAGAUCAAGUAUACGAGCAAUGAGGCCUGGAGACUACCCCCGAGUCUGUCGCUUGCGAGCAGACUGACCAUGCUGGAUGUGUCCAACAACCGCCUCGAGCAGCUUGAGCAUGCCGAAUUGAACAGGCUGAGUGGUUUGGUCAGCCUGAAACUUUCCAACAACAUGUUGUCCGGAGUGCCGUCGUACUUUGGGAAGUACCAUGCUUUGAGAAGCCUGAAUCUAUCCUCCAAUUCGCUUGCCAAAUUUCCGGACGAACUGCGAGAGCUUGUGAGCUUGAGAGAUCUGGACGUCAGUUUCAACGGCAUCUCGGAGCUGGGGAACGUCGGGGCUUUGGUCAAUCUUGAACGGCUGUGGGCAACGAACAACAAGCUGUCUGGACCAUUUGAUGCAAGCCUGAGCAAGCUGACGAAUCUGCGAGAGAUCGACGCGCGAUUCAACGCCAUCACGAACAUUGAUAUCGUCUCGCAGCUGCCGAACUUGGAAAUGCUGAUGCUGGGACACAACUCGGUGUCGCAAUUCGAAGGGACGUUCGCUCGGCUUAGAGUGCUGUUUCUGAACCACAACCCCGUCACCAAGUUCGAUCUGAGCACCUCCGUCCCCACGCUCUCCGUGCUGAACCUCGCCUCUGCCAAGUUGGCGCAGCUGCCGGACGCCUUGUUCAUGAAGAUUCCGAGCCUCACCAAGCUGACCAUCAGCAAGAACCACUUCGUCUCGCUAUCUCCGAACUUUGGUCUCUUGUCGAGACUAGAGUAUCUCAGCAUUGCGAAGAACGAGCUCAGUCGAAUUCCACCGGAGAUUGGACGACUGACGGAGCUGAAAUACCUCGAUGUUCGCGAGAACAAUCUGGGCAUGCUGCCGGCGGAGCUGUGGUUUUUGAGGAAGCUAGAGACGCUGAAUGUGUCUUCUAACGUGCUCUCCGACUUUCCCAAGCCCGGUGCUGCCCCGCCUGCGCCUCUUCCCGACGCGACUCCUAACAUGAGUCCGGAGUUUGAAGAGCUGGGCCCGCUCGAGGACUUCCAGAUGCGAAGACCCAGCCAGGCGUCUGGAGGUAUGGGGAGUCAGACGGGCUCCACUGGCACAGUGUCGCGGAAGGGGUCGGUGGUGUCGUCCAUAUCUGCCAAGACGCCGACGAUCGGCAGGUCGAACACGAUGAGUAGCAACGUCGGAACCAUCACACCGAUCUCGAGAAAGGACUCGACGCUGUCGGGCAGGAUGGCUGCGACGUUUGCGGGCUCGUUGCGGCACUUGUUCCUCGCGGACAAUCGCUUAGAGGAUGAUGUGUUCAGCGAGCUUGUGCUGCUUCCUGAACUGCGCAUUCUCAACCUGUCGUACAACCAGCUGUACGAUAUUCCGUCGCGCACGUUCCGGAGAUGGCCGCAACUCACGGAGCUGUACUUGUCUGGGAACGACUUGACCUCGCUUCCUUCUGAGGAUUUGGAAGAGGGCUCGAAGUUGAAGGUGCUGCAUCUCAAUGGGAACAAAUUCCAGACGCUCCCAGCCGAGUUGGGUCAGGUGCAGAAACUUGCGAUUCUCGAUGUCGGCAGCAAUCAGCUCAAAUACAACGUCUCCAACUGGCCUUAUGACUGGAAUUGGAACUGGAAUCACGCGCUGCGCUACCUCAACCUUUCCGGCAACAAGCGUCUCGAGAUCAAGCCUAGUCAGCAGAGCAACCGCGAGACCAAGGACCUCACAGACUUCUCGUCGUUGGUGAAUCUGAGGAUUCUAGGUCUGAUGGAUGUUACGCUUACUAUUCCCACCGUUCCAGACCAAGGGGCGGACAGACGUGUGCGGACUGCUGGUUCAAUCAUCGGCCAGACCAUGCCGUACGGUAUGGCGGACACCCUCGGUAGAAACGAGCACCUCUCCACACUAGACAUGGUGGUGCCGCGCUUCCGCGGACACGAAGACGAGACAUUGAUUGGGCUGUUCGACGGCCAGACGCUGAACGCCAGCGGCAGUAGAAUCGCCAAGUUCCUGCACGAGAAGUUCAAGCAUCAAUUCAUCGAGGAGCUGGAAAAGGUCAAGGAGGGCGAGGAUGCGAUGGACGCUCUGCGCAGGACAUACCUGGGCUUGAACAAGGAGCUGGCUUCCGCUGCGACGCAGAUGAUUGAUGCCAGGGAGCACCCCAGUAGUGCGCUGGUGCAUCGCGGCAGCGUGUCGGGUCCGGACUUGCAGGAGGAUGACCUGUACUCUGGCGCUACGGCGACGGUCAUGUAUCUGCAUGGCAUGGAGCUGUACAUGUCGAAUGUUGGCGAUGCGCAGGCGCUGUUGAUUCAGUCUGAAGGCGGACACCGGAUCAUCACCAGGAAACACGACCCUGCCGAAGCGUCUGAACGUGCGCGCAUUCGCGAAGCGGGAGGAUUCGUGUCGCGGCAAGGCAAGCUCAACGAUGUCCUGGACAUCUCGCGUGCCUUUGGCUUCGUCCAGCAGACGCCGUGCGUCAUCGCAGCUCCGCACGUGUGCAAAGUCGACAUCAAAGAAUCGGACGAGAUGAUCUUGCUGGCGUCAAGAGAGCUCUGGGACUACCUCACUCCCGACUUUGCCGUGGAUGUAGCACGACAGGAGCGCGGCGACCUCAUGCGUGCCGCGCAGAAACUUCGCGAUCUCGCCAUUGCUUUUGGUGCCACGGGCAAGAUCAUGGUGAUGAUGGUGGGCGUCAGCGAUCUCCGCAAGCGCGAGAAGGCGCGUUUCCGAACGCACAGCAUGAGCAUGGCUCCGUCGGACGCUGCGCAGGACUACUUUUCCGGAAGACGCAAGAAGGGCCGAGACACCGUGGGCGACUCCAAGCUCGGCCGACUGGACAACGAAGUCGAUGCGCCGCAGGGCGAAGUCACGCUCGUGUUUACCGAUAUCAAGAACAGCACGAUUCUGUGGGAGACGUAUCCCAUUGCUAUGCAGACGGCCAUCAAGAUGCACAACGAGGUCAUGCGUCGCCAGUUGCGCAUUAUCGGCGGCUACGAGGUCAAGACGGAAGGUGAUGCAUUCAUGGUCGCCUUCCCGACCGUCACGAGCGCACUGCUUUGGGCGUUCACGAUCCAGAGCCAGUUGCUGGAGGUACAAUGGCCGCAGGAAAUCCUCAACAGCGUGCACGGGGAGGAAAUGCAGGACUCGGACGGGAACGUCAUCUUCAAGGGUCUCAGCGUGCGCAUGGGUAUACAUUGGGGCCGACCCGUGUGCGAGAUUGAUCCCGUCACACGGCGCAUGGACUACUUCGGCCCCAUGGUCAACCGCGCGGCGAGAAUCGAAGGCGUCGCGGACGGAGGGCAGGUAUGCGUGUCGUCGGAUUUCAUCCAGGAAGUGCAGCGCCUCCUCGAGACGCAAAUCGAGAGCGAUCGAUCGGGGUCAACGGGAUCAGAGGACCAGAUGAACGACGACCUCAUGACGCAAGCGAUCCGCCGCGAACUCCGCUCCCUCAGCAGCCAAGGCUUCGAAGUCAAAGAUCUGGGCCAACGAACCCUGAAAGGCCUGGAGAAUCCCGAGGUCAUCUACCUCAUGUACCCGCACUCGCUCGCCUCGCGCCUCGUCAUUCAGCAGCAGAAGGCCGAGGCCGAGACCCGCGCGAGUCAACAGGCGGAGCAGGAGGGCCGCAAGGCGCGCAACAGUGCGUUAACCAUCGACACCGACACCGUCUGGGACUUGUGGAAGGUCAGUCUGCGGCUGGAAAUGCUGUGCAGCACGCUCGAGUGUCCGGGGUCGAAGGCGCUCAAGGCGCCGGAGACGGCGCUGCUGGAGUGGAUCAAAGCGCGAGGCGGGGAGGUGACGGAUCGGUUUUUGGUGAAUUUCGUGGAGCAUCAGAUUAGUAGGAUUGAGACUUGCAUCUCCAGUCUUGCGUUGCGCAACAUGGUCCGCCCGUUUGCGGACGGUAUGCUGACGCAGGCUUGCUCCAUGUCGGAGAUCCUGGAGGACGUUGCGUCGCAGCUGGCGGAGCUGAAGACCUUCAAGGAGCAGGCGGAUUUCGACAUUGCCCCGUCUUAA